AUGUUCAGGCAGAUUAAGGUGUUCCCUCAUGAGCGAGAUCUGCAGCGCAUACUUUGGCGCGAAAAUCAGUGGGAAGAUGUGAAGGAAUACACCUUAAAUACGGUGACCUACGGCACCGCAUGUGCAACAUUUCUGUCAGUGAAGGUCAUCCAGCAAUUGGCCAUAGAUGAGGGUCAUCACUUUCCAAAGGCAAAAGCUGCCAUGAAAGAUUUCUACGUUGAUGACGUCCUCACAGGCGCACAUUCCCUCCAAGAGGCAAGGGAGGUGCGAGACCAGCUAAUUGGAUUGAUGAGUAGAGGAGGGAUGAAUCUUCGGAAGUGGACGGCCAGUGAUCCCCGACUUCUUGAGGACCUUCCACAAAAUCAAAUUGAAUCGAAAUAUCUCAACCUUACAGAUGAUGAAGUGCUCAAGGCUCUCGGGGUUGGAUGGAAUCCAAUCACGGAUAAGAUCCAGUACACAGUAAGGGCUCCGACGGCUGGGCAACUCACAAAAAGAAAAAUUCUCUCAGACGUCGCAGCCAUUUUCGACCCCAUAGGUCUACUUGCCCCGAUCAUGAUUGCUGCGAAAAUGUUCGUCCAAAGACUCUGGAAAGAGAAAUUGGACUGGGAUGAUCCCAUACCCUCCAUCAUCGCAGAUGAAUGGAACACAUUUCUGCACAAUCUACCGGACAUUGGCAAAAUUGAGAUCGAAAGAUUUUUCGGUUACGAACCAGGCAGCAAUGUUCAGUUGCAUGGUUUCGCCGAUGCCUCGGAAAAAGGAUUCGGGGCAGUGAUCUAUGUACGAGUCUCGACCAGAGAGACAACAAAAGUAACAAUUCUAACAGCCAAAACAAGAGUAACACCACUGAAAAAGAAAAUAAGCCUCCCGAGAUUGGAGCUUUGCGGUGGGGUACUGCUAGCUGAAUUGAUGGAUAACACAGAAAAGGCACUUCAAAUUCCAGGGAUAGAAAAACAUGCGUGGCUUGAUUCAAAAAUCGCGCUCGCUUGGAUAGCGAAAGACGCAGCGAAUUGGGAAACGUACAUUGCGAAUAGGGUGGAGAAAAUACACCAACUCGUAAACAGAAAUGUAUGGAAACACGUCGAGUCAGCACAAAAUCCAGCGGACAUCGCUUCACGGGGAAUAUGCCCGUCUCAGCUAUCACAAAAUGCAUUAUGGUGGAAUGGCCCCUCCUGGCUAUCGCGCAAUGAAAGGGAGUGGCCAGUCAAUGAAAAUGAUACCCCACCCGCAAAAGCUGAGGAUCGCGAAAACUCUUGCACUACCACAAACAAAAAAGAGGAGGAUGAUCAGCGCAAUGUUAUGGGACACCAGGCAGUAUGUGCUCUAAGCACAGAAGGAGGAGACAAAGCCGUACAAAACCCAUUAACAAUGAAAUACGAUUCCCUCAACAAAGCCAUUCGCAUAACAGCAUAUUGCAAGAGAUUUCUACAACUAUGCAGAGGUGAGAAACCCGAAACACCACAUCUAUCAAGUAAAGAGCUCAAUGAUGCAGAACUCAUCCUUGUAAAGCAACUCCAAGAGCAGCAUUUCGAGAAAGAAAUACAGCUCUUGAGUGCAGGGCGUCAGAUUCCCACCACAAAUAAAUUACUCACUCUUGACCCAUUUUUGGAUGAAAAUGGAAUUCUAAGACCACACAAGGAACAAGUACUGGAUUCCAGCCUCACGAGGAAUCGUGUCUUCUGUACUAAGAAAAUGUAUCAAAUGCUUCAGGCUCCGAAAACACCAACCUCACCAACUGAUGGGUCAACUACCGGCCGACCGGGUCACACCCUCCGCGCCCUUCUCACAUUGCGGGGUCGAUUACGCCGGGCCCUUCACAACCAAGGCAUCCAAAGGCCCACAAAGGCCAUUCACUUGGAAUUAGUCAGUGAACUGACAACUCAAGCAUUUCUAGCGGCGCUGGAUAGGUUCACAGCCCGUCGCGGAAAACCCACAAAGAUAUCCAGCGACAAUGGCACAAAUUUCGUCGGUGCCAAAAAUGCAUUAGACAAAGAAGUCAAGAAGGCUUUCUCAGAAGCCACUCAAGUUGCAGCAGAACAUGUAGCAAAAAGCGGCAUCCACUGGGAAUUGAUACCACCCGCCUCACCCCACUUUGGGGGCCUUUGGGAGGCAGGUGUCAAGUCCACUAAAAGACACCUGAAGGCAGUUCUGACCAAAACAAUCCUCACCUUUGAGGAGUUUUAUACAGUGCUCACCUCAGUGGAAGCAGCGCUAAAUUCGAGACCACUAACACCCCUGUCUGAGGACGCUCACGACCUCGCCGCCCUAAGCCCGGGACACUUCCUGAUCGGAAGGGAGUUAUUAGCUCCUCCACAGGAAAUUAUUGAAGAAAGAGAACCAACAAGACGGUGGAGACUCGUAAAGAAGCUACAGCAAGACGUUUGGAAGAGAUGGGUGAAGGAAUACCUUCACCACCUACAAGAGCGCAACAAAUGGAAGAAACGCACUCAACCCAUAAAAACAGGUGAAUUAGUGCUAAUCAUGGAUGACAACACGGCUCCCCUACAAUGGCCUUUAGCCCGGGUUGAGCAUGUAUUACCCGACAAGGCUGGCCUACCUCGCGUUGCUGAUCUUAGAACAGCAACGGGUACAAAGAGAAGACCUAUAACAAAGAUUGCCCGGUUACCGAUUUACCAAGAGGACAAUCCAAUCGAAGAGGCGCCUGUUGACGCCUUGCCAUGGGAUCGGCUCACACUCCUCACGCGGUUCAUAAUUACACACUGGUCAGUCCGUCACCUGGCCUAUACAUCGAGGAGUUCGGGUGGGCCAAAAUUAAAAGAGGAUCCCUUCGCGUAG